AUGAAAAUUACCGAAGCGCCCUGGAUAUCAGCAGCUGUCGAGGCCGCCAAUCGGCAGCUCAUACAACUGCCACUCCCCGUCAUGGACGCCCUCGCCGAGAACGACUUGGAUUCUGCUAGGGCACUAUCCAACAACCCCAAUAUGCCCCCAUACAUGGCCACGGAGGAGUGCAGCGUGGUAUGGAAGCGCCGCGCCGCCCAGAUCCGCGCCAGUGCCGACGACGCUACCUGGGUCACUCGCAUCGUUGUGGACGCGCAGACGGGCGCCAUCGUCGGACGCGCUGGAUUUCACGGGCCGCCAGACAAAAACGGGAUGGUCGAGGUUGGGUACUCGAUUGAUCCGCUGUGUCGUCGUCGGGGUCAUGCACAGGCGGCGUUGAGGAUUAUGCUGGAUGUCGCGGCUGCAGACCCCCGAGUCAAGGUGGUGCGAGCAUCGGUUUCACCACGCAACAUUGUGUCGAUGGGAGUGGUGGCAAAGUACGGCUUUAAAGAAGUGGGCGAGCAGUGGGAUGAUGAAGAUGGCUUGGAGAAGAUUUGGGAAGUUGCCGUGUAG